UUAAAUUAACUGAUUUCGUGCGUGUUGGGUUGUCUGCAUGAAAGACAAGGAAAUAUUUGAAUGAGUUCUUAAAGUGCUGAAUUUCUGGUGGACGAUUAAUUAGACCUCGACGUUUUUCUACCAUCCCCUGCACCGUGCAUUCCUCAAGAUAGCGCUCCUGUUUCUUGAUAUUGGAUCCGCCCCUGAUACGGACAGUGGCAAGGGAGUCUGUGGGCAAGCCCGUGUCUCUGACUUAAAAAAUACAAAUGAUCGUAAACUUGUAUGCUCUGAACCUAGAAAAAAAAAAUUCUGGAAAUAUCAUUUGACUGAUAGGAUUCUGGAUUCGAGUUUCAUCACUGAUUCUGUUUUAAUAAAUCGUGAUAGUUAUUCCUUUUUAGAUAAUCUCUAAACCCAAGAAUAAUACCUUUUAAAGACGCACCCUCCACUCCAAUAUAUAAAGUUAAAACGUCAGGCCGCAGUAACUUGGGCAGUUAAGAAAGUCCCGGCAUUUAAUUAGAUUUUGUUCUACUACUGGGAACAACUUCACCAGGAGACGUGUGGUGCUGUUAUUGAGAAAGAGAGGGUAAAGGAGGGAAAAAGCUGUCAUAUAAAAUAGAACCGUAUGUUUAGCAGCCUUGCUUGCGAGAAACCACAAUAAGUUACUUAUAAUAACAGAGACAGUUAUGUAACUUUUUUUUUUCACAAGAAGGAACUAUAUCUACAACGUUUUAGCUUAUUGGAUUCUUGCAUUUUACCAAUAAGAAGAAAUCUGCGCAGUAAUAUUUUGGUUCUCAGUGACAAUUACUUACGCUGGAGCUACUUUUCGGAACAAUAUGGAAAUGGGAAUUUCAAGUUUUAUGAUUUAUUGAUAUCAUCUGAGGUAAAAUGUUUUUCCUCAUGUGAGAGGCUGUAUCUUAUCCUUGCGACGAUUUUAAAAAUCACCAACCCAAAAUUCGCAUUUUUGUGAGCUAAAUAAACAUGUUCAAGCAGGGAAGCCGAGAUAAGAUAUAUAUUACGACGAUUGAUAUAUUUUUGACUCUGUUUAUUUUCUGCAGCGAAAUGAAGUUUAAUACUCAGUAAAGAGGUCGAAAAAUUGUAGCAGACGCAACAUACAUUUAUUACGGCAUCUUCAAAAAAGAAAAAAAAAAGAUCCCUUGUAUCUGACAUAAGAUCGAAAUCUAAAAGCAGACCUUGAUUUGUUUUCAAAUUCUAAAACUUCGCAACAAAUACUGAAGAGCGGUUUUCAUGAAUGAAAGGAAUUAUGUGAAUUCACCUUGACAUAACAGCGCAGUGGAAGAGGAAGGCACGAUAGACUUUGCUUGAUUUAAGGAUAAUCUGAAAGUUUGCUAUCCAAACCGUGAAAAUGUCAGGAAAUUUAACAGAUGGAUGGACAAACAUAUCGCCAAAUUUCAAUGUACACGUGUUUUGUAACGAGACCGAGGCUCCUGAUAACUUUUCUACUCCCUUCACGGUGUUUAUCAUAGUGUGGCUCGUGUGCAUUCUAUUGGCGGAUCUAAUUGGCAAUACAUUGGUCAUCAUCGUCAUCAUUAAAAACCCGGUCAUGCGCGAUCCGUCCCAGACGACAAACUACUUCCUGUUAAAUUUGGCUAUUGCUGACCUUCUAGUGGUCUUAGUAAUUCCCUUCUCAAUUCAUUCAGUUUACGUGGAAUGCUGGGAUAUGCCGCUCUUUUUGUGCAAAGUAAACUCGUUCUUGGUUACACUCUCACUAUUAACUUCUAUACAUACCCUCAUGUAUAUCAGUAUACACAAAUUUAUCAGCGUUCGACGAGUGGCUGUCAACAAUGACUUUAACACCCCCGUAACACGGCGAACUUGUUUUAUUAUGAUUGGUGCAGCCUGGAUUUAUGCCAUUAUUUUUAGUAUCGUCACCCUCAUUUCUGACCCCAUAUUCAAAGAGAAAACUUUACAGUGCGGGCCCAAAUAUCCAAUAUUUGGACAACUGAGUUUUUAUUUACAUAUUGCUAACCAAACCGGAAACCUUUUCAUUCCAUUGGCUAUCUUGCUAUUCUGUUAUAUUCGGAUAUUCUUAUUCAUCAGACAUCAUGCCAAUAUCCAGCGCCGUAUGUCCUUGACACCAUCUGAUUCAAGUACAACUCAAGGUGAAAAAGGUGUGACCUUGACCUUGGUGAUCGUCCUUGCGUGUUUUUUGUUGUGCUGGUUACCAUAUACUGUGUAUACCAAUUAUGCAGCCAUCGUGGAGGAUAAGGAAAACGACAUUCCCUUCUAUCUCAACCCUCUGGCGUAUUGUUUCGGCUUUAUGAAUAGCGCCUGUAACCCUGUGAUCUAUGCGUGGCGGAUCCCCAAAUUUCGACAAGGCUACAAGGAUAUCUUCAGCAAGACAAAGUAUAUCGUUACUAUCGUUGACGGUGGCCGCAGAGUCAAACGCGCAGUCUCUGUCAGCGUAAUUGAAAGCGAGGCUGGUCGACGGAUGUCCACCCAAAGAACAUCCAUAAGUGACAUCCGAAUUCCCUCUAGCUGUCGAACAUCUCUAACUGAGUUUGAUCAUCAUGCGCCAAGAAUGUCAGAUAGCAGCGGCGAGGAACUGAUGCGUUUGUCGAUAAACGGUCAGAGGGCAGACGACUUCCAAAGGUCAACAUCGAGGACCGAGAGACUCACGUCGAUUGAGGAAAACCAAGGGGAAAAUACAGCGUAUUUCGUCGGGUUUUUGAAUAGUGCCUGUAAUCCUGUGAUCUAUGCGUGGCGGAUCCCUAAAUUUCGACAAGGCUACAAGGAUAUCUUCAGCAAGACCAAGUACAUCGUUACUAUCGCUGACGGUGGCCGUAUAGUCAAACGCGCAGUCUCUGUCAGCGUAAUUGAAAGCGAGGCUGGUCGACGGAUGUCCACCCAAAGAACAUCCAUAAGUGACAUCCGAAUUCCCUCCAGCUGUCGAACAUCUCUGACUGAGUUUGAUCCUCGUGCGCCGAGAUUGUCAAAUGGCAGCGGCAAAGAACUGAUGCGUUUGUCAGUGAACGGUCAGAGGGCAGACGACUUCCAAAGGUCGACAUCGAAAACCGAGAGACUCACAUCAACUGAGGAAAACCAAGGGGAAAAUACAGGAAAUUGUAGUUUAAGAUAUUUAGAUGUUAAAAUACUUUAAAUAGUACGCAAUGGAAGAUGUUCCAUUGGGUAUUAUCAUUCUCUAUCGUUCCCAGGUAUUUGAUUGGCUCAAAAUAGUCCACAUGAUC